CUCACACCAUGCAGCACCUUCAAGCUGAAACUGAUCAUACAGUCGCAUUGGUAUGGACGUAAUAUAAGCUGUGAAUCAACGAAGACACGAUGCUUUGUAUCAUUACGUUUGCUAUAUUACAGGACUACUGCUGACAUUGUAUGGAGUGCAAGUGUGCACGUGUGUUUGUUACGAAGUCUACGAUGAACAAAAGAAUGCGAUUUUCUCCCAACACAAACUAUAGGACGGCUAAGAUGACGUGAUACGACCGUGUAAGUUUCUGUAUACGUGAUGAGCAACAUUCGAGGUUGGACACUUUAGGUGUUCCCGAGAACAGUUUCUGUCAUGUUAAACAUCUUUUGACGGUGAAGAAGUUUGGGGAAGAGUUUUGGUUGGCUCGGGAUCGUGUCGAUCACCAGAGUUGUUCAUAUAUAUUGAUAAUGAGCCGGUUCAAGUGGUGUGUUACUGCAACGCUCAUGAUGGUAAACGCUCUAAUAUGGAUGCAGAAUAUUCACGUGUUGAAGCAGCAUGGUGAUAAUCAUCGCCUGAGUCAUCCAUGGCAUCUUCCAUCUGGGCGUCCAAGGACAAGGACGCCAUACCCAGCCACGAACAGUAUAAAAUACACACUCAACAACCCAAACAUAUGCAGGAAUACUGAGACAGUGUCGCUUUUAUUUAUUGUCAGUUCAUCCACAACUCACGCGAAGUCUCGUCAGUAUAUCCGUGAUACAUUUGCAAAUCACACGUACUUCCGAUUUCAUGUCAUCAGACUCAUUUUUAUCGUAGGUAAGUCACAGAAAGAAAGCAUUGAACGCGAACUGAUUGCCGAAAACCGGAAGUAUGGUGACGUCAUACAGGGUGACUUCCUGGAUUCAUAUCGUAAUCUCACGUUGAAGGUCGUGACGGAGUUUCAUUGGGUGGCGAAACAUUGUCCUAAUGUAACUGUUGUCGCUAAGAUUGAUGACGAUGCCUUUGUGGACACUGUAAAAUUUCUGCGAUCUUAUUUUCCCGUUUUCCGGACUGGCAGGAGAUAUAUUUUGUGUAAUUUUAUUCCAAGGAUGCUGAUUGACCGUGCAGGACGAUGGAUAAUUUCAAACAAGGAACACGUGCUCAAACACUAUGACGCCUUUCCUUGGAGCUACUGUAGCGGCUAUGGGGUGUUUUUCAGCGGCAAUAUGAUUGCUCAGUUGUACAAGGCGGCCACAACGUCGCCUUUUCUAUGGGUGGACGAUGUCUACUUCUCGGGAGUACUCCCAUCCAGACUCACCGACAUCAAGUACAAACACUUGGAGAACAGAUGGAACGGUCAAGUCAACAACACACAGUGUUUCUUGCGCUACAACUGUCAUGAUAUUUUCGGAGUUGUGGACAAGGAAGAUUUAUACCAAAUUUGGAAUUACACCAUAAAAACACGAUAUCGACAAUACACCUUUUGAAUUAUUUACCUCUCACUGAAUGAAUUUGUUUUCUAUUGAUGCACGUUAAUUAGUUAAACUAGUGUUGUGUUAUUGUUUCUCAAAUGGUGAUUAAAUAUAAACACAUAUUGAAAAGAAGAAAAAUCAAAAACCGUGGCACAGGUAUUAAUUGGUAUGUUCAUAUAUGACACUAUAUAUUAUUUGAUUUCUGAGAAUGGAUCAUGUCAACAUUUACACAAUAAUAAGAUACAGAUCAUUUGUCAAAAAGGUUAUUUCAAAGGUCAUUUCGGAUCAAAACAAUGCAAUUUGUUUUUUAAAUAUUAACAAUUUUUUAACGAGGCGAUCGCGCGACUUACGGUUUUCCUACUGGUCCGGAAAUGACGUACACACUUCCGAGCAGCUUUCACAUUCCUAAGGAAAUCUCCUGGCUGUUGUCUAGCAUAAGCACGUACAUAAUCAUAGGUUAUGAUCGUAUAGACCGUUAUUUCUCACAUUGAAAUAAGUUGUCUUAAUUUGGAAGAACAUCUUCCCUAUGCUCCAACUUACUUAAAGUGAAGCAAGCAAGAAAUGCACAGUUCGGCAGUAAUGUAUUAAUUUAUUAAUGACUGAUCACCCUAUUUUCUUUGUUGUUUCAAGCAAGUCAGCAAUAUUCCGUCUGCAUCACGGUCCUCUGUAAAUAAUCAAGGGCACUCAAGAGGCAGACAGCAUGGUCACGAGGUUGUGCCUUCGGGGUACGGUGACAUAGAGGCAGCCAAACAGUUGCAAGUUACAGAGCCUGGCCUUCUGCUUCCCAUUGUUUACCGACUGACACAAACACGAGAAACAAGACACACUGGAAUAUAUAAACAGCGGAAUAUAAUGUACACACUGUACGAGAGUAAUUCCAAUCUGAACAAUAAAUUGGAAACUAAAAACAUUAUGACAUUUAACAAUUCACCCAAUCUCAUUAAAAACAGACCUUAGUUCUCGCUACCGCUAAACAAAGUACAUAAUCGAUGAUAGUAAUUACCCUUCUCUUUGCAAAGGGACCGCCUCCGUGGUCUAGUGGUAGAGGGUCCGCCCGGAGAGCGGAAGGUCCGGGGUUCGAUC